UUCUUUUUCGACGCGAAAGAAGGAAUAACGCUGAGCUCUGCGAUUCCCUCCUCGAAACCCUAACCCUAUCUCCUUCUAUACGAUCAUCUACAGAUUCAAUUUGAGAUCUUGUGGUCGAGAGAAUUGAUCGAAAGAAGGCUUCGAUUCGUUGUUUCCGCAGCCUCCAUAAUUUUGUAUCAGAAGUUAUCUGGCAGCCAAGGCUUUAAAUUUUUCGGCAGUCAAGGAUAAGGAAAGGAGAAGAGGAUGUUGAGAGAAGGGGUGGACGAAGAGGCGCCCGCCUUGUUGUCAAACAACCGGUUGAAACUCCUCUGCAGCUCCGGUGGCAAAAUCCUCCCUCGCCCUUCCGAUGGCCAGCUCAAGUAUGUCGGCGGUGAGACACGUGUCGUCUCCGCCCCAAGAUCUGUAACCUUCAAAGAGCUGAAGCAGAAGAUUGUCGGGAUGUUCAGUAACCCUGAGUCCGUAAUCAAGUACCAAGUCUUUCCUGAAGACCUUGAUGCCCUUGUCUCUGUCCGCUCCGAUGAGGAUCUCACGCAUAUGAUUGAGGAGUACGACCGCCAUGAGAGCCUCCGGUUCUCACAUCCUCCUCCUCCGCGAUUCCGCAUCUUCCUCUUCCCUCCCCCAACCUCCACCCCUCCUCCACAUCUCCCACCUACAUCGAUGCCCCUCAAUGCGGCUCCACCAGCACAAAGACAGCCUAAGCAGCUCCCAUACCUAAUCAAGCCUCCAAUACUCUCUAUCUUCUCCUCGUCUUCUGCUUGCUCGUCUCCUCCUGACUCCUCCCCCGUUAAUGGGUUUGGACCCGCAUUAGGACCUGGUCUGAGAUCCAGUGGGCGUGGAAUGCACCGGGUUCAUAGCACUCCCAAUCUCGGUGGAGGAUCGUUGAGUCAGUUGGGGAAUUCCAGUGGUGGUAACGUUGUAUCCCCCAGAGGAGGAGGAUGUUAUCUUCAACAUCUGCAGCAUCAGCAGCAACAACAGCAGCAACAACAGCUUAAUCACCAGCCACAUCAUCAUCACAUGGGGAUGAUGAUGGGAUAUGGUGGCAAUGCCGCUAUGAGUCGGAUGGGCGGGGCCCAUCGGAAUGAGGGUUGCGGAUGUGGGUGUAAUUGCGGGUGCGGAUGUGGUAGCGGGUUUUCGGCUCACCAGAGUCAGAGGAGGUAUUUCUAUGCGCCCCCUGGUGGGUACAUGCAUGGGGAGGAAUCUCCAACACCCAGGAGUUUGCAGAGCGGCGCCAAUGCCAGUGUUGAAGGCUUAAGCUCUUAUCCUUCUGUUCGUCUUGAAGGAUUUUUGGAGGCAUGA